AUGGCUGUGAUUCGACACGGGACCGAUCUCGCGAUGGCUGCUGAGAGAGCACAAAUCGAUACGUCAACCCUGAAGACGCUCAUUCUGAAGAAUCUGCCACCCUGUUUGAAAGAUAGGGCUUCACUUCUCGAGGCCAUGUCGAAAUACGGCGAAGUUCAGAAGGUGACCUUCCGGGAUACCGACAAAGCGAUCGUUGGCUUCAGGAACCAUACGGACGCGGCCUUUGCGAAAAAUGCCUUGAGAAAGGAAUCGCCUCAAUACAAGCAAAUCUCGAUACAGUGGUGCAGUCUGCAGCGAUCUUCCACGGAGGGCACCCCGAUCGUUUCGACGGACAAGACCAAUCCCUUUGACGCCCGGGCUGAUCUCUCAUCGACUGCAUCGGACAAAGCCUCUGAAGGAGAUGAUUUCCAUUCUCUCAGCUCGAAUCCGGCAGUAUCGAGACCUGAGGACCAAUCGAGCGGGAAAGCACCGCAGACGAAAUCUCUCUUCGGAAAACCACGUGCCGACACGUCGAGCGCUUCGCGAAACCUCUUCUCGAGAGCGUUGCAGGAAAGCACGGCAUCUUCGUCGGCGCCUGACAGGGUCACUGGCUCGAGUGGGACCAUCGCAGCUGCACUUUUCAAUCCGUCUAAGGAAUCGCCAUUCACGGCGAGACCAUUCGCUCCCGGGUCCGAGAAUUUUGGAUCCACGAAUCUUUUCCAGAAGCAGCGCUCGAGCAAUAAUCCCGCCCGAGAUGAGGGCCCGUCAGGCGACCAUUCGACGAACCUCUUCGCAGGUGUCGGUAGUAGUACGACGCUGUUCGGCAAGCCUCUUCCUUCGGCGAACGCCAACACCCUACCGAAGGGAGAUGUGGGCCGAGGCUUCGCAUUGUUCCAAAAGCAGAAUGAACAGCAGUCCGGAGGGUCCUCUCCGAAUUUCUUCGCAAACCUCUCCGCUCCGAACGCGUCUUCAUCGAAAGCACCGAUGACUCUUUUCGGGAAACCAGUCCAAAGCGUCGCCACUACGGAGACCGAGUCCGGCUCUGGCCUUUCCGCCCAGAAUACCUCGAAAUUCGCCUUCGUUCGGUCCCCUGCUCGACCUGACUCGUCACCGAGACGAGGGCCGAACCCUCCACUGCCGCCCACGAAGUGGCUUGCGGGGGCCCCUCAACCACAAAAAGAAUCCGUGGUUCGUCCCCCGUUCGGCCCGAGACCCGACGGCCCUUCCAGUCACACAAAUCGGGUGUGGGUUCGGAACGCGGCUCCUCCUGCCGCCCAAGCAUCCUCUGCCAGAUCCCUGGAUUCGCGAUAUCAGCUCGACCACCGCAGCACGCUCCCGCCGUUUACUGGCAUGGAACCUACCGCCCCUUCCGCGCCCCCGACGAGUAUGGUCGCUCCUCAAAGACCCAUGCAGACGCGCUCCCAGAUGAACUUCCCUGGGUCGGCCAAACUCAAUGAGCUGUUGAGCCAUUCGGCAAAUACGCUCAAUGAUCGUCACAAACUCCUGGAGAUGAAGGACAAGAUCGUGCGUGAAGUCCUGAGCAGCCAGCCCCAGUCGGGCGCCAUCAAAGGUACUUGUCCCGAUAUGUGUCCAGAGAAAGAACGCUAUCAGAGGGGGCUCAGGAACUUGGUCGAUAAGUACGAGAUGAUUCAAGGAGCCGACGGCGUUAUGGAUCCCAGUCGUAUGGUAAAAGAAUAUCAGAGAUCCUCCGCGGAUCAGGAGUUCCCGCUCCCGUAUGAACUGCGAUCUCCAGCCAGUCUCAACUUGACGAUGAAUUAUCUGAUUCGAUUCAUAAUCUCCGCUCAGCCGGCGAGCAAUUGCGGGGAAUGGUUCACAUUCAUCUGGAAUCGGACGCGCGCCAUCAGGAAAGACAUAACUCAGCAGGAAAUCGAGGCGGAUCCUAUAUCGACAGGAAUCCUGGAGAGAUGCAGUCGCUUCCACAUCCACUGCGCUCACGCUCUCUGCGAGGAAGACCCGCACAGUUUCGAUCCGAAGCUAAAUAACGAAAACCUCACCAAAUGCUUGAAAUCCUUGAAGUACUCUUAUCAUGAUCUCAAGCUGGAAGGCGUUCGCUGCACGAACGAAGCCGAAUUUGUCGCAUACGAAAUUCUCAUCAACUUGAACGACGCCGGAAUCGCGAAGACCAUCACCGACCUGGAGCCGGAAAUCCGACGCCAUCCAUACGUCAGGUUCGCUAUUUCUGCGAUGUAUGCCCUUCACGGGGGGAACUACGUGCGUUUCUUCAAUCUCGUGAACAGCUCUCCGUAUCUGGUCGCCUGCAUCCUGCAUCGAUUCUUCACUGAAGUUCGUGUUCGCGCAGUUUCGGUCUUGUCGAAAGCGCUCAACAAAAGCGAAGGCCUCACUUUGGGCACGCUCACAGCGGAUCUCUACUUCAACAGCGAAAGCGAAUGCUCGGCGUUCAUCAACAACUUCGGAAUCGAAGUCGGCGAAUACGGGUCGCUUAACCUCAAGGCUUUCCAGCAGUGUGAAUCAAGACUAGAAGAUACGUUAUCGCGGAGAAUUUCGCAAAAAAUGGGGCCGUCUCUUGCCCAAGUCGUCUACGGACCGGGGGAGAUUCCCAGUCACAACUACGCGCCCCAAGACAGUUUCACACAAGACGGUAUGCUCAAGAGAUCCUCGUUGAACCUCCCGGAGGGUGCGGAGGAUCAGGCGGAUCAUUUCGCGCCUGCGAUCGAAUUUCAACCCCCCUCGCAGCUGCCUGCGAAGCGUCGACAGCUGACCGACGAAGAGCUGCAACCCCAGGUCGAUGCCUUGCUCAAUGAGGUUGUGAACGAGCAGGUAAGCUCGCUGCUCAGGAACAUCGGAGAGCGACAAGCCGUUUCGUGUCAAGUUCUCGACUCGGUCACGAACUCAGUGGUCACGGAUGUGGUCAGAGAAGUUUCCAAGUCUAUCUUGGAGGCUGAACUCCAAGCCGACCGUCAGAGACGGCAACUUAUUUUCGACAAUGUUUGUGCCCAAGUUUGCGAGGAAUUCCUGUCGAAGCAUGUCAGGGUGUUCACCCGAGCGAUCGCCGCAGAAUGCAGGGCGAAGACAGUGGAAAACGUUUGCGCGGCGAUCUCUCUAUCCAAUCAAGUACGGCUCAUCGAUGACGUGGUGCGAGUUAUGGUCAGCCAGGUCGCUCGAGCGGAGCACGAAAUUAGCUUCAACGCAUAUCGGGAGAGUCUCGCGAAAACUCUCCGCAUCAAUCAUCUGGCUCGCAGAUAUUCUCGCAAGUGGAGACGUUGGGUCGAGAUACAGAAGGAGGUUCGAGAUUUCCCCGCCGGACCCGUGCUUGGAAUAUCCAAAGACUAUCGAGGCAUCAAACGGAAGUCCCCGUCACAAAUUCGUCGAUUGCAGUUGGAUUGGGACGCCCUGCGGGAAAAAACGCUCUCACACGAACACGCCGACAGUAGACCAAUCCAUCUGGAACGGAUUUUCCAGCAAAUCGUUAAACUCGUGAUCGUUUCGAACGGAGCAACGCAGGCGUUCGAGAAAUGUCGGCGCUUCUUUAAUCACGAUCUAUCCGUGCGAAUAUGUCCCGCAAUCCCGCGGAGUCUGUGCGGGUCGAAUGCGGUAUUGGUCCUUCCUGGAGAUGAUCCCGCUUUCGUGAUCAGGGUCCGGAAUUUGACGAGGCGUCUUUCUCCUGCCCCUGCGAUCGGGGUUGUUUGGACCGAUUGCGAGCCUCAGACUGACAUCUACGACGCCAAACACGUGCGAUGGGAAACUGAUAAAGCCCCAUUGCACGAUGUGGUUACAGAUGUCCUCGGAAUGCUCGCCGAAGAUAUACCUGCCGAACCGAAAUUCGAGGAAGCGAGUUUACCAGCGUUCGUCCGUCGGGGUAUCGAAUACUGUUUAAGCAAAGUUUGCGUCCCAAAAGAUUCUCUGCCGACUUCCGUGAAGCUGAUGAAUGACAUCGUCAAUCAUUUGGCCUCCGUGGCUUCGUCGGAAAACCUUCUUCAAGUGAAUUCUCUUCGGCUGGGGACUGCUUGGAACAGUCGUGAGAACCUGUCGAGUUUGUAUCAGCGGAUAUCUGCGCUCACACUCCCAAUACCGGCUUCCAAUGACCGAUCGGAUUUCAUUCGUAUGGUCGAGGAUGACAGAAAAGUGACCCUUCUGAUAAUCAAAGUUAACAUCAAAGACUUCGAGGACGACUUCACUUUCCUUGGCCACAUAUAUAAUCAGCUCUGCUACUCUCUGCCCUGCGGGACAACGGUGCGGUAUCUGCUGGAAGACUUUGAAAAUUACGUAGUCCCUGGCUUCUGGUUUUCUCGACCGGUGCCCGAAAAUAAUCUCCCGGACUCGGAACUGCCGGACUCUGUCGAGCCUGAGUUUUAUUUCAUAGAGGUUGAGGAGCUGGAAGAGCAAACACCGCCUCAGCGAUCCCUUGAUGAAACCAAGCGGGAGGUCCGGGAACUCCUCCAACGAUCCCAGCGCACCCGGAUGCUCCGGCCGCUAGAGCCUGUGAUCACUUGUAUCGACAAUACUCGAGUCGAGGCUGCCGAUCCCGUGGUGGGAAAGAGUAAACGCAAGACUGCCGUAGAAGCGACCCAACGGGAUCCGCCUACGCCGGACUUCAGGACUAGCAAGCAGAUGAAGCUGGCCAUGACAAUCGAUGAUCUGAAACGAACAGUCGAUCGCUUGAAAGAGAAUCGUAAAUAUGAGAAUUUCCUCCGGAAUUCGGCACGGGAAGAAGAUUGAUCGAGACGUUUGUGGAUACUGAGAUCGCAUCAUGUUGAUUGUUUGAAUUCCGAGUGAGUCUGCUCCUCUCAAUCGCGUUGCCCGACAAUGAGGAGCGAUGCUUGCGGAAUGCUGACCUGUAAUUAUUAGGCUAAGAGUUUGCUAUUUUUCUAUGUUGUAAAUGAGGAGAUGUUCAUGUUGCGAGUUGACUUGUCGGUACCAUAUUCGAAUAAAAGUUUUAUAAUGGAUCGCGACGUCGA